AGCACCACCCUGAGACCCUUUUAAGCCUCAACAACCUGGCUGCGCUGCUGCAUAAGCAAGCAAGGUACGGUGAAUCCGAGGCCAUGUACCGAUGUGCACUUGAGGCGAGGGAGAUGAUUCUUGGACCAGAACAUCCGGACACCCUAACAAGCAUCGCCCGCCUAGGCGCUGUGCUGCGAUCCCAAGGAAAGUACACCGAAUCCAAGACGAUGCAUCAGCGUGCGCUUGAGGGACGUCGGAAGACCCUCGGACCAGACCACCCGGAUACCUUAACAAGCAUUAAGAAUCUCGGCUUUGUACCAAAGUCCCAAGGCAAGCAGGGCAAAACAGAGACG